AUGGAGGGGAGAAAUGCUUCCCUCUCGUCCCAGGGUGGUCGACAGAAGCUGGUGGUGUUGGGAACAGGAUGGGGCAGUUACAGUCUGCUCAAGAACAUCAACAAGAAGCUGUAUGAUGUCAUUGUUGUCAGUCCCAGAAACCACUUCCUGUUUACACCUCUCCUGGCCAGCACAACAGUCGGCACUCUCGAGUUCAGGUCAAUCAUCGAACCAAUUCGCAAUACCGGAUUCCGUCAAUCAGCUCAUUUCCAUCUUUCCCGAGCUGCUGACCUUGACGUUGAGAAGAAGGCCCUAUUAUGUGAGAGUGGGGUGAAGUCCAGCCUGAACUACUGGCUACAGUUUGACAAACUUGUGAUUGGAGUGGGAGCUCUCAGCAACACGUUCAAUGUACCCGGGGUGGCGGAACAUGCUUUCUUCCUGAAGGAAAUUGGUGAUGCUAGAAGGAUCCGUAAUCGCAUCUUGAACAACUUCGAGCUUGCAGUGCAGCCUGGGAUAGAUGAGAGUGAAGCACGGCGGCUACUUCACAUAGUCAUUGUUGGAGGUGGCCCAACUGGCGUCGAGUUUGGAGCUGAGCUGUACGACUUCGUGCAGCAGGAUGUGAUGCACCUGUACAAACAGCAGCAGAAGAUGGUAAAGGUCACACUGGUGGAGUCCAACCAGAUCCUAGCGUCAUUCGACGAGAAGCUCCGCAGCUUUGCCACCAAGAAGAUCCGAAACAGAGACCGUUUUGACAUGGUGCAGUCCUCUGUUACAGAGGUGAAGGAGGACAGUGUGACCCUGGCUGAUGGGAGCGUGAUUCCAUGUGGACUCGUGGUUUGGAGCACCGGGCUGGCACCGCGACAUUUCACUCGCAGUCUCACAGUGGAGAAGAACAGUCGUGGACAGAUUUUGACUGAUCGCUACCUGAGAGUACUGAAUAGCCCUGGGGGCGAUGCCCUGAAGGACGUGUUUGCCCUGGGGGACUGUGCGGACAUCAAGGACAUGUCUCUCCCCUGCACAGCUCAGGUUGCGGAAAGGGAGGGACGCUACCUGGCCAACUUCCUCAACAAGAGAUGUGCCGAUGAUUUCGGAGAGUUUAAGUUCACCAGUAUGGGAAUGUUGGCCUACAUCGGGGAUUAUCAGGCUCUGUCGGACACGCCCAACAUCAAGUUACAAGGGUUUCCGUCAUGGCUGCUGUGGCGUUCGGCCUACCUGACCCGGCUCGGAAGCUGGCGACUGAGGAUGCAGGUGCCCCUUGACUGGACGAAGACGCUCCUGUUCGGGAGAGACAUCUCCAGAUUUGACUAGAGUAGACUGUGUGCCUUACUUGUGUGAUCAAGCUGUGCAAUUAUAUGUGGAAAAAUGUCCGUCUCCAUGACAACUUAUAUAUGUAUAAUUAGAAUUGUCCAAAGUAUCUCAUUGUGAUUAUCUGGUGAAUAGUCCCAGCACGUUGAGCAACCUGACUCACUGGAAAGUUUCACAAAGUCACCACAGUGGCAAGAUUUAAAAUGUAUGGCUGAUACAGAAAUAUUUGUGAAGCUGCCAUGACCUAUGAAAGUUUAAGCAACAAUACUGUCCUUUACUUGAUCUUUCAGGAAUGUAUUUAGAUCUGCUCAGAGGCUGACAUUCGACCCGAAGUCAAACACAUGUGGCAUUAAAAAGUCUCACAAUGUUAAAGUGAGAAUUUCCAUAUUCAUGUUAGUAGUAUGUACAAUCUGUAAUGAAAAUUAAACAAUGCAAUUUCACAAGGGCAUCCCAUCAAAUAUUCAUGAUCCCCAACUUUGUUUUGUUCAGUAUACAUGUAGUUAUAUAAUUAUAAUACCUCUCUUGAUGACACAGUGGAAGAUGUUUUGAUGCUUAGUUUCACAUUGCAGGGAGUAGGUUCACGUUGCAGGGAGUAGUUUCACAUUGCAGGGAGUACAAUGUUAAGCUACAGUGUUAACAUUCCUGUUACAAGACAUGACAAAGAGAAAAACGUUUUGAUGCUUAGUUUCACAUUGCAAGGGGUAGUUUCAUAUUGCAGGGAGUAGUUUCACCUUGCAAGGAAUAGGUUCACAUUGCAGGGAAUACAAUGUUAAAAUAAAAUGUUAUACAGUAGAACAUGGUUAUAGCGAACACGGAUAUAGCGUACAAACGGAUAUAGCGAACAAAUUUAAAAGUCCCGUCAACAGUCCUUUAUAAUAUCAUUAAAACUAUACGUUAAUAACGAACUUGUGAGUAGCGAAUUAACGGCUAUAGCGGACUGAUUUAGUACCCCCAAGACCCAAUUAACGACGUGAUU